CUUCCGCUCCCGGCCAGACCCGCGGUCCGAUUGACAUGGCCGCCUCCCGCCUACCCCCAGGGACGCUGACGCUAAAGCAGUUCCUGAGAAGGCAACAAGUUCUCCUCCUCUACAGAAGGAUUUUGCAAGCAUUCCAGCAAGUUCCAAAUGUGUCUGACCGCUAGUACCUGAAGAACUGGGCAAGGGAAGAAUUCAAAAGAAAUAAAAGCGCCACAGAAGAGGACACAAUCCGGAUGAUGAUUACUCAAGGCAAUAUCCAGCUGAAGGAGUUAGAAAAAACACUUGCAUUAGCAAAAUCUUAACUAGCAUUUUUCCAAAGGAUUUUCAAAUACUCAUGUUCUGUUGAGUUUAGGAUAAUGGACAGCUCAAAGCCAAGUCAAACUGUUGAUGUGUAUAGCACUCAGGCACAAUUUCAGAAGGUGGAGCACAGGAUGUCAGAGAGACCAAAGAAAAGCACAAUGAAACAGCUGCUUUAGAUCUGAGAAAUUCACCUGACUUCUGAGAAUGUUUCUAGAAUGUUCUGAAAAUGUGUCAUCUAUUUUCAUAAGAAGCAAAAAGUAUUAACAAAUAGCCAGCUGCACAUGAAAAGAUGCUCAACACAAAUCAUCAGGAAAAUGCAUAACAGAACCGUAAAGACAGCCAGGCAUGGUGGUG